GGGGAAUUGCCGCAGGAGGCAGCGGAAAGGGACGGGGAGCGAAGCGCAAGCAGCAGGAUGGAGGGACCACGGGGACGGCCAAGAAAACUAGAAGCGACCCGCUGUUCUCCGCCCAGCGCUUGCCGCCCCAUGGUUACCCUCUGGAACACCCCUUCAAUAAAGACGGGUAUCGGUACAUCUUGGCCGAGCCGGACCCCCACGCGCCUGACCCGGAGAAACUGGAGCUGGACUGCUGGGCAGGGAAGCCAAUUCCUGGGGACCUCUACAGAGCCUGCCUGUACGAGCGAGUCCUCCUGGCACUGCACGACCGAGCUCCUCAGCUGAAGAUUUCUGACGACAGACUGACCGUUAUCGGUGAGAAGGGCUACUCCAUGGUACGAGCCUCGCAUGGAGUGCGGAAAGGAGCGUGGUACUUCGAAAUAUCUAUGGAUGAGAUGCCUCCAGACACAGCUGCCAGAUUAGGCUGGUCGCAGCCAUUAGGGAACCUCCAGGCACCUCUAGGGUACGACAAGUUCAGUUACUCCUGGCGCAGCAAAAAGGGAACAAAGUUUCACCAGUCGAUAGGGAAACACUAUUCAUCUGGCUACGGGCAGGGAGAUAUCCUGGGAUUUUACAUCAGCCUUCCGGAAGAGACCGAGACUGCCAAGUCACUGCCUGACACUUACAAAGAUAAGGCUUUGAUCAAAUUCAAAAGCUACUUGUACUUCGAAGAGAAAGACUUUGUGGACAAAGCAGAGAAGAGCCUGAAGCAGGCACCUGGAAGCCAGAUAAUAUUCUUCAAGAAUGGUGCCAGCCAAGGAAUUGCCUUUAAAGACAUCUUUGAAGGAGUUUAUUUUCCUGCCAUUUCUUUGUACAAAGGCUGCACAGUUUCUAUAAACUUCGGGCCAUAUUUCAAGUAUCCACCUCGAGACAUCACUUACCGGCCGGUAA